AAAUCCUGCUUAAUAUUCAUGAGCAACUAUCGGAGCUUUAAGUCGUUGAUUAGGACAGCAGCACAGCUUUCUGUCCCAACUGCCCGGCUGGCUGGCUGUGUAUGUGUGUGCGCGCGUGUGUGUCUAUAGCCCCUUUUCCCGGCUGUCACAUACACACUGCACACACACGCUUCCUCACGUCUACACACACUCGCAGAGCCGAUCAGUGCAGGCAGCGCAGACCAGAGCCUGGUAAUUGUGCUACUCCCUCCAAGUGCAAGGAAGGACUGGGCGCGAGAGAAAGAGAGAGAGAGAGGGGGGACGACCAGAGACAGAAGAGGAGGAGAAAGAGGAAACAUAUCAAAACUUUGAUUUUUUUUAUUCUUUUUCGUGUUUUUUUGCCGUUUCCAUAAAGGAGGUUGGCGUGACAAUGACCCGGUACCGCUGAUGGAGUCGGUAGGACAUCCCUUAUCCGAGUGUUUUUUAAUGCACUCUGAACAAGAAAUGAACUUAUCGAAGGGGCCUUUGGUGAACAGCAGCAGCGAAGAUAACGCCAAGUCGACAUAUGUUAAAUGCGGCGCCGGCGCCUGGAGGAUGCACCAGAGCUACGAUUCACUAGAAGCCAACCACAUGAGAGACCCACAUGCCCUCUACAACCCCAGGCUUCUCUGCAGAAUGUCCAGUAAGGAGCGCCACCUUGAGUCCAAUUGUCCGUCUUCGUAUAUAAAGACUGAACCCUCGAGUCCUGCCUCUCUGACUGACAGUCUAAACCAUCACUCCCCUGGUGGCUCCAGUGACGCCUCAGGCUCAUACUCAUCCACUAUGAACGGCCACCCAAACGGUUUAGACUCCCCGAGCCUUUAUGGUUCCAACGCGGGACCCCUGGGACCUGUUGGAGGCCCAGGGUCAAAACGUUACGAGGACUGUUCAUCAACUAUCGGGGAAGAUUCGCAAAUAAAGUGCGAGUACAUGUUGAAUUCCAUGCCGAAGAGGUUGUGUCUGGUGUGCGGGGACAUUGCAUCAGGGUAUCACUAUGGAGUUGCAUCGUGUGAGGCCUGCAAAGCCUUCUUCAAACGCACCAUUCAAGGGAACAUUGAGUACAGCUGUCCAGCCACCAACGAGUGUGAGAUCACCAAAAGGAGACGCAAAUCGUGCCAGGCGUGCCGCUUUAUGAAGUGUCUGACCGUGGGCAUGCUGAGAGAGGGUAAGGGAAAAGGAGUUCGUCUUGACAGGGUCCGUGGUGGAAGACAGAAAUAUAAACGCCGGAUAGAUGCAGACAACAGUCCGUACCUGAACCCACAACUGGCUUUGCCCCCCAAGAAGCCAUUUGCCUUUGGCUGCCUUGCAGAUAACAAAAUCGUCUCUCACCUGCUGGUGGCCGAGCCAGAGAAGAUAUACGCCAUGCCCGACCCGACAGUACCAGACAGCGACAUCAAGGCCCUGACUACGCUGUGUGACCUGGCAGACAGAGAGCUGGUUGUCAACAUUGGCUGGGCCAAACACAUCCCUGGUUUCUCCACGCUUUCUUUAGCAGACCAGAUGAGUCUACUUCAGAGUGCAUGGAUGGAGAUAUUAAUUCUGCGCGUCGUGUACCGUUCACUGUCGUUUGAAGACAAGCUGGUGUAUGCGGAGGAUUACAUCAUGGAUGAGGACCAGUCCAAACUAGCUGGGCUCCUUGACCUGAACAACGCCAUCCUUCAGCUGGUCAAGAAGUACAAAGCUGUAAAACUGGAGAAGGAGGAAUUUGUCACCUUAAAGGCCAUCGCCUUGGCAAACUCAGACUCAAUGCAUAUUGAGGAUGUUGAUGCAGUGCAGAAGCUCCAGGACGUGCUCCACGAGGCCCUGCAGGACUAUGAGGCUUCCCAACACCAGGAGGAUCCCCGCCGGGCGGGCAAGCUGCUCAUGACCCUCCCCCUGCUCCGUCAGACCUCCACCAAGGCUGUGCAGCACUUCUACAGCAUCAAGCAGGAUGGAAAAGUCCCAAUGCACAAACUCUUCUUGGAGCUGCUGGAAGCUAAGGUGUGAGGAUAGGGAAGGAGAAGACACCAGUCUGAAUCACCAGAGCUUCGUCUCAAACUUUGAUCAACAACUUGAAUGACCUCUUGCUCUUUCACAUGCAAACACUCCUACACACACGCAGACAAACACACACGGUUUGCUUGGCUAUUUUAUCGCUCUAUGACUAAAGAAUCUAUCUAGACCCAAAACCUGAACCCCAAGCCACUAGUUGACUAAAGGGCGUCCACUGCUCUCUGUUUUGGGGGAAAUGUGUGGACAGCUGGACUUGACCCCUCCCCUUGGACCAACUGAACAAGACAUUACGCACAGUGACUCGCAUGUCCAGGUUGUGACAAAGACUUAUGCAUCGAGUAAAAAUGAAGAUGUUAUUAAUGACACACAAUAAUGAGGACACCUUUAAAAGAUCAAUAGAAAAUUAUGUUGUAGUUAAAAGGCUGUAAGACUGCACUUGUGCCCCCCACCCCCACCCCCACCCAUGUCACCAAAAAGAGUUUUUUUUUUGUGUUCAAGAAGAAAAUGAAUGAGGAACACUUGGAAAGUGUUCAUGACAUUUGUUGUACAGAGGAGUCCGGAUGGAUAGACGGGAAGAAAAGAAGAGAUCCGCCCAGCCAAAGGAUGGAAUCAUCCAUUCAGAGGAGGCCUGCUACCUUUACUGUCACAUCCCGAUCUGUUUCUGGUUCUGAGUGGUUCUCAGUCCUGGGCCUGGCUCCCCGUUCUGACAGGCAUUUACAUUUUCUGUGGUUGUUGUGAAAGCCAGCCACGCUGAGAGCUUCUCAGACCAGGACUGGAAACAACCGCUUCAAACAUUUUCUGGUGGUUCCUGAAUUUCGUACCUUGUUUACAGAUGGCCCUUCUGUUUCAGCUACAACUUUAACCGUCUGUUGAACUUGCCGAGGACAGACGUCUCCGGCCUCCUGGAAUAGUAUCGUAACAGUGUUUGUGCACUUGGUGAAGCUAAAAAUUAUUUAAAUAAGGACAAAUAAUACCUGAGGUGUGUUAGUUAUCAGACUGUUUUUUUAUAAAUAUACAAAUUUGUAGAAGAUGAAAUCAAACUUUUGAAAAUUCCCAAAAAGCUUAAUAACUGUUCCCAUUUUUCUGUGGAACUAACAGUCUUUCAGUCACUCCUCUUGUGUUUGGAUGCUUGUUUGGAACAUUUUUAGCUCAUUCACAAACCGAGUCGCAGCUCUCCACACACCACUCUGCUCAUGUGCCGUAAACAAAGGUCUGGCCCACUUCUACUCACCGUCCCGACAACAAAAAAACACUCUUUUGUCCUGUGGCGUUCACAACUUCCAGCUCAUUUCUUGGGUCAGUGCAGAAAUAUCUUUGUGUCUCUUUCAGGGAAUGAGCUUCACUCACAUAGCCAAGUCCAAAUCAGAAAGACAAGUUGUUGUUUUUUUCCCCUACUUUAGAAGUAAUAACACUAAUAUUAGGGUUGUAAAUAAUUUUCAUCUUGUAUAUGACAUAACGCAACUCUGCUUUUCAUCUUAAAACUCUCCUCUUAAAACUGAGGAAAUCAACAUGGCUUUUUUUUUUCUAUCAGCCUCGACACUUGCAGCAAUUAUCACAUAUAUAAAACUAAUGCAUAAUCAGUUCAUCUUAGAACCUCUGAGCUAUCAGGUUUGUUUGUUUUUUUUUUGCUUUGUUUUUAUCAAAUUUACUUUAUAAUGCAUGAAAGAUGUGGUCUGAAACAAACAUGCUGAUACAGGAGUCACUGGUGAGGUUAUUGUUUUCACUACUCAGUCCAUUGAGGUCACAUGACUCCCUGGCCCCUCCCUCUAUUCAGCUCCUCGUUUAUGUCGUUAGUGCUGAUGACUCUAACCAGUUUCCAACACAGCUCACCUGGUUCGGUCACCUGUUGGCCUAGCAGCAUGUUUGCUUCAGACCACACCUUCUAAGCCUCCGACUCCCAACCCACGUUUCAGAACUGAAGAAACUUCUUAAGAUGAGAGGCGGAUCAGCUAAACUUUAGUGAACUUGUCAAAAGUAAACGUGUAAUCAGGGAACGCCAGGAUUAGAUGCGACUUCCAUUUUCUUCCUAAAAGGGUUGAUUUUGAGUAAUUGGCUAAUAGACUAUUUACACUGUUCGUACUAUUUAUGUGUCUUUUAUUUAUCAAAAACACUGAGUCUAAUUCAAGUGAGCCAUAUAAAGCCAACAGUAAAUACCAUGUUUUGCCCGUUUUGCAUAAGGUGCUAGCCAUAUGAUUUGGUGUUGGGACCAUCUGAUCUUAGCUUGGGAAGAAGCAAAAUUGUGCAAGCAAUAAGAAGUUUUUAGCUUCUUGUUAGCUCACCACCAUAGACUGUAUAGCGCUACAGGUUUUGCCAGUAAAAGUCAUUCAUACCGUGUUUUUCUUCCAUCCAUGACUGAAUAGAACAAUUUAGGUAAGAUGUCCCUUUCCCAAAUAUAUUAAUGCUUUAAACACCAGCUGCCCUGUAAACAUUAAAGAGCAAGUCACCCCCAAAUAUACAUUUUUGGCUGAUGAACUAUAUAAAUGAGUGUCAAAUUCUUGCUGUAGACGUGUGUAGUCAAUAAUUUGGCACUUUAAUGCAUCUUAAUUAAAAUUUAAAUAUUCUGCCGAAAACUGUCAGUGUUGCGCCGUCUUCAGGUCAAAACUCUGCACUGCAUUUGACUUUAAAUGUGCCACCGCUGUUGGCUAAGAGUACACUGUCACGUUAGUUGGUCCAUUAUGAUGUCACAAUGUCAUUGUCAGCCUGUGUGCGUGCGUGCGUGCGUGCGUGCGUGCGUGUGUGUGUGUGUGUGUGUGUGUGUGUGUGUGUGUUAGUGGCUCUCAGGAAGUGGGAGUUUAGUAAGACUCUGGUAGGGGGUGAGUUGCUCUUUAAACACAGCACAGGUUUAACAUUCUUAUACAGUCUAUGCUUGCUAACAUCUUUUUUAUUGAAAUAAUUUAAAGUUGAAAUCUUAAAAAUCAUGUAGCGUUAAACAUUUUGACAGUUUUACAGAUGAGAGUGGAAUUAUAUCAAAUACUUGUUACCAUUUGUUUUUGUAUUUGCAUUUUAUCUAUCUAGCAAAUUUGCUCAUUGUAAUCAUCAUCCUUCAUGUAAACCCAACUGUUAAGGUCUGUCAGAUUAGGAUUUUAAGAUGUGAUUUUAACUAAACUGUAGCUUUAACAGAUUUUAAAUGAAGAUUCGACUUUUGUUAACUGUCUGCACAUUUGCUCCUUUAAAUCCACACAGCUUUUUUUUCUAGAAACAGGAAAUGGAAAAGCUGAGCUGAUAGAAAGUUGUGUUGCAUUUUUCUGUUGGAUGGAGAGACUUUUAUCUCAUUGACGAAACACGAACCGUCUGGCUGCUUCAGCUGGUAGAGUUGACGAAAUCAACUAAGUGAUUAUUUUUUUAUGGUUUGAGUAUUUUUUGAUGCCAAAUAAGAAUGCCAAAACAGGUUACCUUGACAACAUCUACUGUAAAAGAGCUGAGGAGUGCAGCAGUGUAAGUGUAGUUGGCCUCUAACACCACACGUUCUGUAUCAGUAUUAUUAUGAUUAAGGGUAUUUUUUCUACCUUCUUUAACCCUGUAUAUUGUAAAUUAAACAGAUUGUAAUUCUAACAUACAUUUUAUUGUAAACAAAUUCAAGAAAAGCAAAGAAAAAAAUGUAGCUCAGCUUGUGUGUUUCAUGUUUGCCGUUUAUCUGUAAAGAAAAAAUAGAUUUUUCUUUUAUUGGACAAGUUUAUGUUUUGAAAUCCUCUUUCGGUUUGAGUUUUCCUCCUCUGUUGGAACCUUUAAGGCGCUGCUGUGUGCUUUUGCUUGUGGUGAUUACCGUCUCUGUGCCGUGUGUUUCUCUUGUAGACAAACAGACUAGAGUAGAGGCCAUGUUGUCCGUCCGGCAGAUCCGUCUGCUAGGACUCUGAGCGCUAGAUCCACUCGUAACGAAACCAAACCGGACAUAAGACUCUAUUAGGAAUUUAACUGGCAGGAUCCAAGUACAUACCCCUUCCAAGCUAUACGUAAUUAAAUAUCAAGUAUCUAAAUAAACACCUUAACAAGUAUUUAAACAGGGAUCAUUUGUGUAACCUUCCUAUAGAAUAAACAAUAGACUGUGUAUCUUUAGGUUUAAAUAAAAAGACAGUUGAGCUAUUCGGAUCUGUAGUCUUUUAUUUUAUGUACAUAUCUGUCCUCCAUGCAGCUCAGCUCAGUCAUUACAUUUACUGUUUCAAAAACGACUAAAGGAGAAUUCCAGUUUUAGCUUCCUCACUGGGAAAUUAUAUUUUUCCAACAGGAAUGGGUUAAAGGGGCAAAACAACCUUUCUCUACAUCAUACAUUGUUGGUACUACUGUCUAAUAAAAUCACACUUCUGCUCAGACUUUGGGGACUUUUUUCAAGUUUUUUUAGCGAGUAAAUACAGGAACAUUUGCAGCUGAAGUUGCGAAUAAACUCUUUUGUGUGUAAAUACAAACUCGGGCCCCUUGUCAGGAGGACGGUGUUUAAUACCGUUCACUGUACAUUCAUUAUUCCGCACAAAAUUGAUGCCAGAAAGGUGCUCUCUUCUUACUGUUGUUUGGGUUUUGUUACUGUUCUGUUUAUCUUUUUAUUUAUUUUUAAGCUGUCCCUGUGAACCUCUGACCUGUUCAACUGGAAACGUUUUUUCAUGGCUGUAAAAAUCUAAAUGACUGCGGGGUAAAAAAUGGAGGCCAAUGCUUCUAAGCUGUUGCUUGUAGCUACGAUGUGCAGCAGGAAGCAUUUUACGACGAGCACUGUUUUUCCUCACUAAGGAAAUGUCUGAAGGCUGUAUGAUAUAAAGGCAAAAGUUGUACUUUUUUGUGUUUGGUUGCAAAGCUACCAGGGGGCAGUGGGAGACUGACCGCCUCUGUAUUUGCUGAACUUUGACCUGUUUGCACUUUGGGCGUCGCGUCGUUGCCCUCAUUUUGAGCUUAGAUCCAUUAGCUGCAAACACACCAUGUAAAAUUAGUUUAGCUGAAGCCGAGGGAUCCGUUUUUGAGUCGCUGUGACAAAAUAAGAUUGACCAUCUUCCCCUGAAUCUUGGUAAAGCUUUGUUGGGCUCUACGAUGAUUUGUCCCUCAGUUUAUUUUAAUCCCCAACUGUAACUGCCCCUCGUGCUGCAGCUUGUCUGAAUUAGCAGAUGUAUUAAAAAAUACUAAAGACAAAGGGAAACUUUUUAAACAUUGGAACAAAGUGGAUAUCUAAGGAUUUUUAAAAGCCCUUGAGCAGUGGAGAAAAGUUGCUGAUGGGGAAGGACCUUGUAGUAUUACUGAAAACAUGUCCGUAGAUUUUAGAUGUGCUUCACAUCAGUAAAUAAAUAAUUAAAAAAAGACAAAUAAUAACCUGUAUAUUUUUGUGACGUGUAUCAUACAAGUGUGCUCCAACAAUACUGUCCAUUUGUGUAAAUGUAUUUAUUUCACAUUGUAUAUAUUGUUCAUUGCAAAAAGAGAGACCUAUGAUUCUGUAACUUAAACUAUUAUGGGUUGAAACAUUACAUGUGUUACUCCAAACUAUGCCUUUCAGGAUUAUUACAGUAGAGCAAUAUCAAUUAAAACCAGGCUUCCAGUUUUGA